AUGAAAUUUUCCUGGCUGCUAUGGUUUUUUGGCCUUUGGGAUCAGGAAGGAACUCACCAAGUGAGCCUGAAGGUACAGGACGAGAACCGAAAAGGACACCAUCGAUGCACUCCUGACGUCCGAUCAGUUAGACGAGAAUGGGGCAUGCUUUCGGAAUCUGAGAGAUUUGAUUACAUUGAUGCUCUUCACUGUAUGCAGAGCAAACCUCCAAUUCUUCCCCGGGAUCAGUACCCCGGUGUCCGCCAUCGUAUGGACGAUUUCUCUGCGACGCACAUCAAUUACACCCUGAAUAUCCACCUCAGCGGCAUCUUCUUUGGAUGGCAUCGCCACUUCGUCUAUUUGUGGGAGAAGGCCCUCCAGGAGGAGUGUGGGUAUCGAGGUGACCAGCCUUACUGGGACUGGGCCCUCUCCGCCGACAACAUCUCAGCGAGCCCCAUCUUCGAUGGCUCUCCCACCUCUCUCUCCGGUGACGGUGAUCCCAUCCCCCAAGACCCCUUCUUCAAACUCGUCCCAACGAACAUCACCAUCCCCAAUGGUUCCGGCGGCGGUUGCGUCACAAACGGUCCAUUCGCGAACAUGACGCUCAACCUGCCCGAUCUAACUUUCGCCGGCGACGCCGAAUUCCCUGCCAGCGCAUUCAACUACUCCCCACACUGUUUCACCCGAAACCUCAACUCGCAUAUGGCCCAGCUGUUCACCAGCCAGCGCGACGUUGAUCGUCUUCUCAAUUCGCACUCAAUUACGGAAUUACAAAUUAAUAUCGACUUCAGCGACUGGCCGGAACUCCGAAAGGCUGGGAUCAUGGGUCCGCAUGCUGUGGCGCACAUGCAGCUCGGUCGAACAAUGGAUGAUUUUUGGACAGCGCCGCAGGAUCCCAGUUUCUUCCUGCACCAUGCGCAAGUGGAUCGGGUCUGGACGCUUUGGCAGAGUAAAGAUCCUAAAAGGAGGAGGUGGGCCUUGAAUGGCACAAGCUCAAUCCAUAAUGCGCCGACAACUCCUGAGGUUAACUUGGAUACGGAGUUGCCGUUUGGAUGGCUGGAUCAGAGUCGCACAUUGAGAGAGGUGAUGAGUACGGAAGAUUAUCAUCUUUGUUAUAAGUAUGGAUCGUAG